UCCGCAUUCACGAUACCCUUCCAACAUCAAUUGAACCACGAACACGACCGCCCAUCAUGCCGCAGGAUAUGCCGCCACAGGGCGGCUAUAGCCCCGUCCAGUACAAGCGCAAUUUGCCUGUUCGAGGCUUCCGUCCCGCCGCAUACAUUAUCGGAACCGCGGCACUUAUGACAUACGGAUUCUGGAGGGUUGGCCAGGGUAUCAGGGAGCACAACGAACUCGCGCGCGAGAAGAUGUGGGCGCGGAUACACCUUAUUCCAGCACUGCAAGCAGAGGAAGACCGUGACCAAGUGCGAAGAUAUCUGGCCGACAAGGCUAGGGAGAAAGAACUGUUGGGCACAGAGACAAAGGUUUAUCACAGCGACAGAUUUGUUCGACCUACAUUUGCCAUCACACCCGAGCACGAGACCAAAUAGGGAUUGGAGUAUCACUGUACAUAUCAUGAUGAAAUCAGCGGUCUCUGUUCAGCUUGAUAUUCAUCAUCUCUUUAGAGGCAAGUCGAGAAUACAUUUAUCUGCACAAGGACUCGAUGUUCGUACACAGACCUAGAUGUAAACAUGGGAUUUUCGUCAUCGCAGAGACCCGGUUGCUCAAGUGGCAUGGGUUUGGAACAGCUGUGGCUUUAACAGUGAUGCUGAGUGUUGACCCAUCUGCGAUAGACUUGUGUAUUUUUGCUGAGCUGAAUUGCACUUUGCGGAUUUUCCGUAUUGGCGAACCGCAGUUAAUGCAACAACUCAAUCACUGCAACGCUCUGCUGUGAGCAAGUGGUGCGAUACACUCUACAGAAUCUCCGUCUAUUAUGCCCUAUCUCACCACAUCAAUCGUGCGC